UGUAUGCGUAAACUGCAUUCCAUUCCAUCGCUAGGGUUUUAGGACUGACUUCAUUCUAGUCUCUCCAUCUCUCUACCUCUCAAGUUCACUGUUUCUCUCUCUUCUGCUGGAAACAUGACCGCUCAGUCUCAGGAAGAGCUUCUCGCAGCUCAUCUCGAAGAGCAAAAGAUCGAUAAUGAUGAACCAGUGAUUGAAGAUGAAGAAGAUGAAGAUGAUGAUGAUGAUGAUGAUGAUGAGGAUGACAAGGAUGAAGAUGAAGCAGAGGGAGCACAUGGAGAAGCUGGUGGCAGGUCAAAACAGAGUAGAAGCGAAAAGAAGAGUCGUAAAGCAAUGCUAAAGCUUGGAAUGAAGCCCAUCACUGGUGUGAGUCGGGUCACCGUCAAGAAGAGUAAGAAUAUCUUGUUUGUGAUCUCCAAGCCAGAUGUUUUCAAGAGCCCAGCGUCGGACACUUAUGUCAUUUUUGGAGAGGCCAAGAUCGAGGACCUGAGCUCACAGCUGCAGAGUCAAGCUGCAGAGCAGUUCAAGGCUCCUGAACCCGGCACUGCAGCCCCCAAACCUGAGCCCUCGACUGCAGCUCAGGAGGAUCAGGAGGAAGAAGAAAUAGACGAGACAGGCGUGGAGCCUAAAGACAUUGAGUUGGUGAUGACACAGGCGGGAGUCUCAAGGUCGAAGGCUGUAUCAGCGCUCAAAGCUGCUAAUGGAGAUAUAGUUGCUGCAAUAAUGGAGCUUACCAACUGAGAACGGAGAGCAUAAUUGAGAUGUUUCACUCGAUGAGUAUUUGACAUGUUCCUUUUAUUCGUGGUUUUCUGAGACGAGUUCUCGUGUGCCUUGCCUUUGAAGUUUUUUAUGUUUCCACCGACCGUGUUAUAGCUGCUGUUGUACCCUUAGCUACCAUAUAAGGACUGUAAUAGUGGUGAGAUGGGAGCACGCAUUGCCUGACCCAUCGAUCCACUUUGAGCAUUGGGACUUUCUAUUCAAUGUUCUGCAGCUCAGCUCUGUUCUGAAGUGUUC